CCAGCGAAAGAGCACCAACAAAAAAAGGGGGCGGGGUUUCACUGCAGUGAAAAUCUUCACCCAAGUAUCGUUCCCAGUAACAAAAACAAGACCACCGAAGUAAAUACAUUUAUUUUAACCGUGAAAAGGACAGGCAGAACCAAAAAGUGCAUUUGCUAUGAUACAACUUGUUGUUUAGAGCAAGAAACAUGGAUGCAAGUGAAGACCAAAAUGCAAACGGCACCAACGGAAAUCCUCAGACGACUGGGAACUCCCGACCCCCGCAAAUAGCCCACAUGUCUUUAUGUGAAAGGCAAGCUGUGCAGGCUCUCCAGGCGCUGCAGAGACAGCCUAAUGCAGCUCAGUACUUUCAGCAGCUUAUGUUGCAGCAGCAGUUCAACAGUGUCCAGCUCAACACCUUGGCUGCGGUGCAACAGGCCACGCUCGCAGCUAGUCGCCAGUCCAAUACAUCAAGUCACAGCAUGUCCCAAGUUCCCACCACUGUCAACCUAAGCACUACAUCUGCAGGUGGUACGAUGACUAGUCCUCGUCCACACGGUCCAGUUACCUCUGCAGCAACAACAGCUCUAAAUCAGUCGGUGCUACUAGGUGGAAACUCAGCAGGACAGGGGCAGAUGUAUCUCAGAGUCAACCGCUCUCUUAGAGCUCCGCUUGCCUCUCAGCUCAUUUUCAUGCCUGGUGGGACAACAGCUACUGUGGCAGCUGUUGCUCAAGCACAACCACAGCAGCAGCAGCAGCAUGAAUCUGCUGCCACCUCUGCAAGUGUCCACUCUGACAGUGAUCAGGUGCAGAACCUCGCUCUACACUGUGCUUCCACUCCCAAAGCAGCUGCUGUCAAAUCUGAAAUUUUAGAUCGGAAAGAUGCUGCUGGUUUUUCUCUCUGUCAGCAGCAACAGACUUUCUCCCAAACAGCUCAACAGCAGCAACAGAUGGCCAAAACCUUUAAUCAACAGCCUGCUGCUAGCUCGAUAGCUGUGAAGGCAGGAAACCAGCCUUCCAUGACUGUCACUCCUGCUGCCUCUGUCGCUCCUUCGUCGUCCUCCUCCUCUCCUGCGCUCCCUCUGUCGCAGCUCCUCCUGAGCACCUCUGCUGCUCCCGUCAUCUUGGUGCCCUCGUCUAACGUCACGACCUCCACCCAGGGCUAUCCCAUCGGCUCGGUGGCUCCAAAGGCCAACAUGAACACUCAGACUCUGGUGGUGCACCCCGUGCAACAGGCCAGCGCUAACAUGGAGAAAGGUCCUGUUCCAAUCCAACCCAAGACCGCUCAGGGACACCGCUUACCCAUUCAGCUGUCCCCCCGAAACCCACCUCCCAUUCUCCCAGCUCCACCGUGCAACAGUCAGUCUACCAUGGGGGGCCACAACCCUCCCCGCAUCCCCGUACAGCUGGUGGGAGCCAGGCAAGGCUUGGCAGGAAACGCACAAGCUGUGGCUCUGACCCAAACACGAAGCGGCGCGGCCCAGGAGAGUCCGUCUGGUGGGACCGUUACCUCAGUCUCCAACAGCAAUACAGCUGUGACCAAACCAAUUGUUGGCUCUUUGAAGAGAAAAUCUGACUGUGACGCAACAAAUGACACGGCAGAAUCUAAUCCAGCACCCAUGAAAGACUGUGCUCCUCCUUUAUCUCCAGCCCCCACAAAGGACUCAGCUCCUCUGAUGGAAUCUAUAUUCUCGUCUCCUCCGACCCUCUCUCUGCCUCCACCUUUGUCUAGAGUUGGACACGGGGACAAAGACAGGGUGCCAGUUCCCCAGGCGGUGGUCAAACCUCAGGUUCUCACUCACCUCAUCGAGGGAUUUGUGAUUCAAGAAGGAGCUGAACCCUUCCCUGUCGCUGGCUUCCUCAAAGACAGAGAUUUUGCCUUGGUUGGCCGCACAGAGAAUGGACCCCCAUUGUUAAAAUGUGAGUACUGUGGAUGCAUUGCACCAGCCAACCAGUUCAGGGGAUCGAAGAGGUUCUGUUCUAAUACUUGUGCUAAAAGGUAUAAUGUAAGCUGCAGCCAGCACUACAAGACCAGCAGAGGGCGGAGUGGUGCAGGGCUGUCGCCACGCCCAGCGGCCACAGAGAGCUCAGCACGGCGCAAGGGUUCUUCCCGCAAGAGCAGCUCUGAUACUGCCUACAGUAGAAUAUCCAACAAGCACCGUUCUGUCAAGUGCAACUCAGAGUCCAGCCGCUCAGAAGACAUGUCCAGCGACGGAGGGGAAGAGGAGGAAGACUAUUCUCCUUCUCCGUCCCCGUCCUCCUCCUCGCGCUCCUGCUCCCGAGCCGAGCACAGCGCCCCUCAGUCCGACAGCUCGGCUCCACUAGAAGGCGCCAACUUCCUGUCUGCGACGCCCGCUCAGUGGAGCGUGGACGAAGUCUGCAAGUUCAUCUCCUCGCUUCAAGGUUGUGAGGAGCUGGCUGCCCAGUUUCUGUCGCAGGAGAUCGACGGACAGGCUCUGAUGCUUCUGCGAGAGGAACAUCUGAUUUCCACCAUGAAUAUUAAACUGGGCCCGGCUCUCAAGAUCUGUGCCUCAAUCAACAGUCUGCGCGAGUAAGGCCUGUUGGUCCUCUCUGACGUCUCGAUGAAACGAACACUCGGACUCUGAAAACUGAAAUUCUUGGAGAUGGUGGGAUGUUUUGAUCCAAAUAAAGGAGGACUGUUAGUCAAUCUGAGACACGCUGAUGGAUCCUGUUCCUGUGAGCAGACUGUGAAUGUAGAUGCAUCUUCUGGCUCAAUCUGUUCAGCUGUCAGGUGCAGAAAGAAACACACUGCCUUCAAACGAUGCUUUAACUUUAGUGUCAUGGUCUGAAGUGAUAUUUGUUACAUUUAUGUGUUGUAGUCCUUUAUAUGUUUUUGUCAUAGAUGUUUAACCCAGGCUUCAAUCACAUCUAAAACGACACUCAUAAAAGCCUGUUUUUUAUUGUUGUAUUUUAGUUCUCAUUAACACUCAUUGAAAAUUUAGUUUUAUACUUUUUUCCUUUUUUAUACUGUAGUACAAUCAGAAAUAUUUUUUUAUGAAUUGAAUGUAGUUUUAGUAGCUUUAAUGGGUUUAUCCACCCGAAAACAGUAUUUCUCAUGCUUUAAUCUCUCAAGGGCUGUUUAGUGCUCCUCUCUGUACACAAAACUCAAUAAACAUGGCAGGUUACUAGAAUUGAA